CGAUUCUGGCAGAUUGUACUUCCCUUCAUGUAUUUAUAUAUUCUUUUUGGCGACUGCGGCAAACAAUUUAUAGUUCAGUAAAAUGUGUUUUAAGCAAUUUGUGUAAAUUACCUAACUGAGACGAUGGUUAACUACCGUAUAGAUUCCCAUGAAUAAUCUCUAGCUUCCGAAUGUAAUCCAAAAAUUAAAAUGUUGAGAAGGUUUUUGGUACUUAUUGUAGCGAUCGUUAAAGUGGCACAGAGUUUUUCAGAUGUUGGAAAAUGGGAUUUACCGCUUAAUGGGAAUUUUUGCGAGUUUACCAUAGCCAAGUCUCUUUUUAAAGAUUCGGAAUUACGAGUUGUUGUACACUGCCAAGAGUCGGCAAAUGUCUCAGUCGCCUAUCAGUGGGAGCAGAGCCCCUGCUCGCCUGAUUAUUUCCACUACUUUGAAGAGAGUAUUGUGGAUUGCUCAAAUCAAUUAUAUAAUGCACCAGUCAACGAGAUAUCGAAUACAAGUUCAGUGCAAGUGAAGAAAAUCACUUGCCACGGGAAAGAGUCCAUAUUCCUAUAUGAUGUUAAGGACAAAGUAAAUGAUGGCACAAAGAAGCAACCUGCAGCUUCAACAUCGAAAAUGCCCCCCUUAAUUGUGGUGGAAAGAGAAGGUAUAUAUGUAUUCAGGAUGAUGGUGAGAACAAACACAGAGACUACAAUGAAUCUGUCGGUUGGAGUUGAGAUGGUGGCACCCUCUGGUUACUUGUCCGCAGCUAUGUGGCCUUUGUUACCUUUCUACGGUGUGAUGUGUGGUGUGUACACGGUGUUGUGUUCCGCGUGGCUGAUAGUUUGCGCGCUGCAGUGGCGCGACUUGCUAAGAAUACAGUACUGGAUUGGAGCUGUCACUUUACUAGGCAUGGUGGAAAGUGCUACGUACUAUGGUGUUUACAGUGCUAUUAAUAGGACUGGAUAUUUCAGUGCUGAAGUAUACAUGUUCGCCGAAUGGGUGUCCGUGGCGAAGCGGGCACUGGCUCGAAUGUUAGUCAUUAUUGUAUCUCUAGGAUUUGGUAUUGUAAAGCCACGGUUGGGUCCAGCGCUGCAGCGUGUUGGCGGGGCGGCGCUGUGCUGGGCGGUGCUGGCGGGAGUGGAGGCGUGGCUGAGGUUGCGGAGACGAGCUGCGCAGACGCUGCUGUUGGCGGAGGCUCCGAUCUCGCUGCUCGACAGCGCCAUCUGCUGGUGGGUGUUCGUCUCACUCGCGCACACAACGCGCACGCUGCGACUGCGCAGAAAUACAAUAAAGUUGAAUCUGUACCGACAUUUCACAAACACGUUGAUAUUCGCGGUGAUAUCAUCUGUGGUAUUUAUGUUGUAUUCACUAAAGUCGUACAAGAUCCAGCUUUGCAUCACUGAGUGGAAGGAGGUAUGGAUGGAUGAGGCGUACUGGCACAUGCUGUUCGCUGGCGUGCUGGCCGUCAUCAUGUUGCUGUGGAGGCCGACCAACAACAACCAGCGCUACGCCUUCACACCGCUGCUGGACUACGCAGACGAUGAUGAUGAGGAAGAAGAACAAUUCGUAAACGACGCAUACGGUGUCAAGAUGCGGGGCACGGGGGCUUCAGGGAGUGGGGGCGAAGGCCGAAGCGGGGUCGGGGAGGGUAAGCAGGCAGAGCCGCUGGAUGAGCUGCGCUGGGUAGAGGAGCACAUCCCUGCCAGUGCGCUGCCAGUGCUGGACUCCGACGAAGAGAUCGUCAACACAAAGUUCGAAGUCUCCAAAAUGCAAUAAAUUAUAAGCACCUUUUAAUAUAUAGUAUUUAUCACAA